AUGACUGACACUAGACGUUAUCCUCUUGGUAACCAGCUAGAUAUCCAGCAAAUACUGCUAGAAGCACAGCAUCGAUGGCUACGGCCUGCUGAAAUUUGUGAAAUUCUUAGCAAUCAUCAGAGGUUUCGUAUUGCCCCAGAACCCGCUCAUAUGCCUCCAACUAAGGAUAAGGUUUUGCAAUAUUUCAAACUGAUAUCUUGUGGGUGGAACCUGAGGAUAAUGGCUUCCACAUUAGGACUCCUCCCUGAUUCUUGUCUGAUUCCUAUUGGGGCUAGAAGUCGCAUUUUAGUAACUGAAGAAAGUGUAUGUUCUUUUCAGUCUGGAAGCGUUGAUGUGCUGCAUUGCUAUUAUGCACAUGGAGAAGAAAAUGAAAAUUUUCAAAGACGCAGUUAUUGGAUGCUUGAAGAGGAGCUUUCAAAUAUUGUACUUGUCCACUAUCGGGAAGUCAAGGGAACCAGGACAAAUUUUAACCGCAUUAAAGAGUAUGAAGAAACCAUUCCUUAUUCUCAAGAAACUGAAGACACAAUGCCCAAUUCAGAGGUGGAUACUUCUGUUUCUUCCGGUUUCCACCCUAAUGGUUACCAGGUGCAUUCUAGAACUACAGAUACGACAAGCAUGAGUAGCGCUCAUGCAUCAGAAUAUGAGGAUGCUGAAUCAGUAUAUAAUAACCAAGCCAGUUCCAGAUUUCACUCUUUUCUUGAGGUGCAAAAGCCUGCAAUGGAGAGAGUUGACACAGGCUCAUCUGUUCCUUAUGAUCACAUGCCAUUUUCAAGUAGUUAUCAAGGCAAAUUCUCAGCUGUUCCUGGGGUUGACUUCAUCUCACUUGCCCAAGUGGAUAAAGCUAAAGAAACUAAUGGAACUGAAUCAGCAUGUGAGCCUCAGAAAGGCCUUGACUUGCCGUCAUGGGAGGAUGUAUUAGAAAAUUGUAGUCGUGGAAUUGAAUCUGUACCUUUCCAGACAACUUUUUUGUCACAAGUCGAUACGGGAGGAAUCAUCCCUAAACAAGAAGAUGAAAUACUGGAGAAGCUUUUUACCAAUAGCUUUGAUAAAAGGGAGGAUAUUGGGAAUCAUCUACUUGAUCAGGAAGUGUGGCAGAAUGUGGAGGGUGGUUCUUCGCAUCCAUCGAAGUGGUCCAUGGAUACAAAGUUGCAUCCGGACUCAGCAUAUGAUCUCCCUUCUAGGUUUCAUGAUCAACAACUUGAUAGUGGCAACUUAAUCAAUACUUUUGAGCCUUUCUACACUCAGGAAAACGAUCACCAUAUCCAAAAUGAUCUUCAAACACAGCCUGCAAAUGCAGAUCAUGGUACAAGCCUAGAGGAAAAAUCGAUCUACUCUUCUUCUGUGAAACAGCAUAUUUUGGAAGGUUCAGGGACAGAAGGUUUGAAGAAGCUUGAUAGUUUCACCCGAUGGAUGAGUAAAGAACUUGGAGAUGUAGAGCCGCAGGUGCAGUCCAGUUCUGGAACAUACUGGAUUACUGCUGACAGUGAAAAUGGGGUUGGUGAUUCCGGCAAUCCCUCUCAAGGGCACCUCGAUACAUAUUUGCUUUCUCCUUCUCUCUCCCAGGACCAACUCUUUAGCAUUAUUGAUUUCUCACCCAACUGGGCAUAUGCAGGCGCAGAGAUCAAGGUCCUAAUCAUGGGAAGGUUCUUGAAGAGUCGAGAAGAAGCAGAAAACUGUAAGUGGUCAAUUAUGUUUGGAGAAGUUGAAGUUCCUGCAGAGGUUAUAGCUGAUGGUGUUCUUCAUUGCAAUACUCCUUUGCAUAAGGCUGGGAGGGUUCCUUUUUAUGUUACAUGUUCAAAUAGGGUAGCAUGUAGUGAAGUGCGUGAAUUUGAGUACCGACUCAGCCACCCCCAUGAUAUUACUUAUAACUAUAGUGACAGUGCUAUUGAAGAUCUUAAUAUGCGAUUUGGAAAACUAUUGUCUCUGAGCUCUGUCUCUCCUCCAAAAUAUGACUCCAGCGGUGAGGAUGAGAUUUCCCAGUUGAACAGUAAAAUCAAUUCAUUGCUGAAUGAGGACAAUGAAACAUGGGACCAAAUUUCGCAGCUCACGUUAGAGGAGGGAUUUUCCACAGAAAAAGUAAAAGAACGGCUUGUUCAAAAGCUACUCAAAGAACAGUUACAUGUAUGGCUUUUGCAGAAGGCAGCUGAAGGUGGAAAGGGUCCUAGUGUAUUAGACGAGGGUGGCCAAGGGGUGCUACAUUUUGCAGCUGCCCUUGGCUAUGAUUGGGCCCUGGAGCCCACAAUAGUUUCCGGUGUAAGUGUCAAUUUUCGUGAUGUUAAUGGAUGGACUGCACUUCAUUGGGCAGCAUCUUAUGGCAGGUGA